GGUACACGAACAAACCCUGUCAACUGUCAGUCGUCACCCGCCGUUGUCAUGCCGCUCAACAUGUAAACAAUCAAUUUGAUUGAAUUUUUCCUAAAUUCUUGAAUAAAAUGUACGUUUUUUGGUGGUUUUUCGCGUACUAUUUGCGCCCCAUCGUCAAAUGGUUCCUUCGCAAGACCACCGGUUUGUGCGAGCUUCAGAGGAUCUGCUAUGGCAAGGUUCAAGGGGCCCCCAGGACCAAAGCCGUGGACUACUCCCUCUGCAUGUCAAAGUCGCCCCAAAUCGCCCAACUGAUCGCGCACUUGAACGACGUAAGCGACAAUCAGCGGUUUGUCGGUUCCAACCUCAAAGAACUCACAAAUGGGGCUGUCAACACAGUCAUGCUAGUCAAGAAAAUCAACCCGAAAAUCCACUUCCAAUUCGUGAUAAACUUCGGUCAGUGCGUGGAGCAGAUUUGGGGCUAUCGCCAGCUGCUGGCAGAAGUGGAGGAACUGAGGAAGACAGUUUACGACGCUGAUAAUUUUGGACACGAACGAAAAUUGCAGGAUUUGUGGGAGAAGUUGAUGCCCCACGAGCGUCUGGAGGGGCGCGUGACCAAGCAGUGGCAGUACAUCGGGUUCCAGGGCGAUGACCCCAAGACCGAUUUUCGGGGAAUGGGGCUCCUGGGGUUGGAGAAUCUCCUUGCUUUCGCGAGUGAUUAUCAGGACGCUGCGACUUAUGUCCUGUCUCAUUCGCAUCACCCGCAUUAUGGGUACGCGUUUGCCAUUGUGGGGAUUAAUUUGACAAGUCUGGCGUGGACCCUUUUGAAACAGGGCGAUGCCAAGACUUAUUUUUUCAAUAUGGUGAAAAGUGCACCAAGUUUGAAACUGUUUCACCAGUUUUAUAGUUACUUGUUUUACGAGUUUGAUAAAUAUUGGAUUGAGUGUAAGCCAAAGGAUAUUAUGGAGUUUUCUACUAUUAAGGACAACUUUGAAAUAAAUGUUAGGAAUGCGUUGCAGGAUCCGAAUGCUGUGUUUCGGAUUAAUUUUAGUGUUGACACUAUUUAAGCUCUCUUGUGAUACUUCAAGGCUUUGUAAAUACGAUUUUUAUGUGUGGUACACUUUGUAUGUUUUAAGUACACAAACAAAUAAAAGUGAAUAAAAUAAAA